AUGUCUCAACAGUCUAUCCCUCAAUCUUCAUCAAAAGUAUCCACUUUCGCUGUUCGUGAUCAAGACGCUUCGAAUGUUCCCAUUAACCCUAGUGAGAUUCUUGAGGUCACCCCUUUGCAGAUGAUUUCUCAAUCAUCUGUCCCUCCCUCUAGGGUAAACCACACUAAAGAUGGUCAAACUGAAGAAAAAGAACCAGAGAAGACUCACGCUGACAAAGUAAUCAACCUUGAUGAUCUCUCUAAUGAUGACCUGGCUGCUUCUAUCAAUCCAAGCAUAGCCAGAAGGCUAAUGAGGAGGAAAGGAAAGCAAGUUGUAGCUGAGGACUCUCAGAAGAAAAGGGCAGUGGCUAAGCCCGCUUCUGUUGGACCCAAAAAACCAUGGAGCAAAGUGGUGCCUAAGAAAAGAAAGGCCAGAAGGAUUGCUGAGAAUGAGUCAGAUUCUGAUGUUGUUGUGGAUGUCAAUGACAUUCAUCCCAAGAAGAAGGUCUCUACUAGCAAGCUUGCUUCUAGUUCCCCUGAAGUACCUAUUGAUAACAUUUCCUUUCACUAUCCCUCCAGUGUACUCAGAUGGAAAUUUGUCUAUCAGAAAAGACUGGCCUUAGAGAGAGAACUUACUCAGAGUGCUCUUGAGUAUGAAGAGAUUAUGCAUCUUAUUCAUGAGGCUGGUCUGAUGAAAAUUGUGACUCAACUCUCUAAGUGUUAUAAAGUCCUUGUGAAGGAGUUCAUUGUGAACCUACAUGAAGAUUAUGGCAAUAAGGAAACUAAGGAGUAUUUUAAAGUGUGUGUCAGGGGAAAAUGUGUUAACUUCUCUCCCACUGUGAUCAACAAAUUUUUGGAAAGGUCAAAUGAAGCUCAACCAGAGCUGGAAGUGUCUGAUAAUCAAAUGUGCAAAGAAAUUACCGCUGGACAAGUGAAGACAUGGCCUGUCAAAGGGAAACUGACUGCGAGCAAACUAAGUGUGAAGUAUGCUAUACUUCAUAAGAUUGGAGCUGCCAACUGGGUGCCAACUCAACACAAGUCAACAAUUUCUGCUAUCCUAGGAACACAUGUUCAUGAUGUUGUCACAACAUCAGCUGGACCAUCCAAAGAGAGCACAAUUAUGAGUAAAGCUGCCAUGAUUGCAAUGCUCAGAGAGACAUGUAAGGAGCUGGAGUCCAGAAAAUUGGCUCUUAAAAAAUUGAUCAGCUCCCUUGAAACAAAUGAAGGAGCUAAGUCUGCAAAUAGUGAUGUGGAGGAACAGGGUGAAGAUGAUGGUGGAUCAGAUAGUGAGAUUGAGAAAGAAGCCAGUCCUGAUGAUGGCACUGAUGAAAGUGUUGGACUCGGUAGCUCUGAGUCUGAAGACUGA